GAGGGGGGCCCCCAGAGGAAGCUUUGGCAGCCGAAGGGGCCCCCCGGUCUCUUCCUUUGCAGCUUUCUGGCGGGUGCAGGCAGCAGCUAAGGACAGACACUCAGACCAAACUCAAGCACAACCAGCGGCACCCCCCCCGCCACCGUCAGCAGCAAGAGCACAGAAAGCAGCAGCAGCAGCAGCAGCAGCAGCAGCAGCCGCAGCAGCAAAAGCAGCAAGUGCCAGCUCGUUCUCGGCAGCCAAGCCAGCAAAGGCACCAUUCACAACAGCAAUCGCUGGAGCAGCAGCAGCUUCAGCAGCAGCAGCCGCAGCAGCAGCUGCAGAAGCAACCGCAGCAGCAGCACAAGCAGCAGCAGCCGCAGCUGCAGCCGCAGCUGCAGCAGCAGCAGCAGCAGCAGAAACAACAGCAGCGCCUGAAGCAGCAGCAUCCGGUGCUUCCACACCCACCUAGCCCGCCUCAGCAGCAGCAGCAGGUUCUCGAUCAACAGGAACAGCAGGACCCGCCGCCGCCGCAGCAGCAGCAGCAGCAGCUGCUGCUGCAGCCGCCGCAGAUGGGAGCGGCCCCCAGCUCUUCGGCUGCCCCCCUGGAGCUGUCGUGUUUGCCUGAAGACUUUCUUGAGGGCCUUCGGGCAAUUGACGAAUGGCAUAAGCAGGCAUGCACGGGGGAGCGAAUGGGGACAGUUAGUGCAGAGACGCGGUACGAGCCGGGGGAGCCGCUUUGUUUGCCGUUUAGCCCAGCAACAAAACUCACAGUCUUUGUAGACAUUGAUGAAACAAUUGUAUUUGUAACUCCUGUGCUGCUGCCGGGGCUGCAGCCAGACAGGACUUUUACUUUUGUAGAUCAGUUCGGCCUCAGCAGCAGCAGCAGCAGCGGCGGCAGCAGCAACAAGGGGAACGAAGACAGCAGCAGCUACUGCGGCGGCGAGGCGGGCCUCGGGGACGCCGCGAGGCUGGCAGCAAACACAGCAGCAGCAGCAGCAGCAGCAGCAGCAGCAGCAGCAGCCCCCGCAGCAGCAGCGGACCCCACUUCGGCCGCGGCCAGCGUGCCCGCCGCUGCUGCAGCCGGCACGGCGACGACGUCGACGAAGAGCACCUGCAGCAGCAGCACGGGCAGCAGCAGCAGCAGCAGCAGCUGCUGCACCGUGCUGUACGUGUACUUCCGCCCCUUCGUGCACCGCAUGCUGCGGGAGCUGCGGCGCAGCGGCAACUUCGAACUUAUUGCUUUUACAGCAGCACUUCGAGAAUAUGCAGAUCCAAUUUUGGAUUGUUUAGAAGAAGAGCAGCAGCUUUUUGACCACAGGCUCUACCGGCAGCACUGCGCGCGGGCUCCCAGGAGCACCGCCGCCGCCGCGGCCGCCGCAGCAGCCGCCGGCCCCGGCGCGGCUGCACCCACCGCAGCAGCAGCAGCAGCAGCAGCAGCAGAUGGGGAGGAGGCGCUGGGGAGUGUGGGGUGGGGGGAGAACUUUUACUACGUGAAGGACCUGGCAGGAGCUGCUGCUGCGGGGCGGCAGCUGAGCCGCUGCGUGCUGCUGGACAACAGCCCGGUGUCUUUUGCUGCUCAAGUUGAAAACGGCCUUUACUUGCGGCCUUUCUGCGGAGACCCCGGAGAUGAUGAACUUCAUUUGCUGCCGAACAUGCUGCAGCAGCUCAGCAGCCUCCCGGACGUGCGGGCUGGCCUGCGGGGUUCUCUCAUCAGCGCUGCCUGGGAGGCCUUUUUCUUUGCUUCGAGAGCUUUAAUUGACUUAAAUUCCCUUUCCGUUUGCGAGCAAGCAUGGCGAGGGAAAGCAGAAGACAAGCAGCAGCAGCAGCAGCAGCAGCAGCAGCAGCAGCAGCGGCGGCGCGGAGGCGCGGCGGCCAAGGAGACGCCGACACAGGCGGAGCUUAAGACGGGGGAGGGGGGAGACGGGGAGGUGCACGCAGCAGCAGCGGCGGAGGCUGCAGCAGCAGCAGCAGCAGAAGCAGCAGCAGCGCAUGCAGAGCAGCCGACGCGCCGCCAGCUCCCAGAACAGCAGAGGGGCGGCAGACGCAGCGCUUCUGUUGCUGUUAUUUCUUUGUCCAAAACUAGGGGAGGUGCAGCGGGAGCAGAUUUGACUUUGGCUGCCCCAACAGCAGCAGAAGCAGCCCCAGCAGCAGCAGCAGCAGCUCCAGCAGCAGCGGCAGCAGGUCCAGCAGCAGCAGCAGCCGCGCGGAGAAAAGCAGCCGCAGCGAAAGAAAGAGAAAGCGUGCAGAGUGCAGCCGCGAGAACUCCUGCUGCUGCUGCUGCUGCUGCACAAGCAGCAGCAGCGCACAGAGCGCAGCAGCAGAAACAGAAGGACAGCAAGCAGCAAGACACGAGGAGCAGCAGCAGAAGCAGAGGCCGCGACAGAGACAGAGAAGCAGAAGAGCAAAGAGGGAAAGAUUUGCAAGAAAGAAAAGAAAAAGAAAAAGAAAUGACAUUUCAUGUUGGCUCUUGUUUGAAGAGACAGGAAAGAGAAGGCAGCGCCUGGUGUACGUGCAGCAGCGCAGCAAAGGCGCUGCAGGCAGCAGUAACAACUGCUGCUGCUGCUGCUCAGCCGGGCCGCAGCAGCAGCUGCUGGCAGCUCGCCUCGGACCGCAGCAGCAGCAGCAGCAACAGCAGCAGCGGCAACAGCAGCAGCAGCAGCAGGAGCCCCAGCAGCAGCAGGGACUACAGGCCCACCAUUGAGUACAGGGAAAAGAGGAGGGCGGGCAGCAGCAGCAGCAGCAGCAGCAGCAGCGGCCAGCCCAACACUAAUAUCAAUACAAUUAACACUAAUAUAAAUGUAAGCACCCGCAGGACCCGCAGCAGAGAUAAAGAAAGAGAUAAAGAAAGAGAUAAAGAAAGAGAUAAAGAAAGAGAUAAAGAAAGAGACAAACAAAGAGAUAAACAAAGAGACAAACAAAGAGACAGCCCCCACGAGAAAAGCCUGCUGCUGCUAA